AUGUCUAGCCUAUCUGUUGAGCUUGAAGCUCCAAAUGGCAGGAAGUGGACACAGCCAACAGGACUGUUCAUCAACAACGAGUUCGUUGCGGCCAAGAGUGGCAAGACCAUAACGUCCAUUGACCCAGCCACGGAGAAAGAAAUUGCUACCGUCCACGCAGCAGGGCCUGACGACGUCGAUGUCGCGGUCCAAGCUGCCCACAAGGCCUUCAAAGACCCUUCGUGGAAGCAAAUGGACGUCACGGAGCGAGGCAAGCUCAUGACCCGUCUAGCAGACCUUAUCGAGGAGAACAAGGAACUUCUUGCCACCAUAGAUGCGUGGGACAAUGGCAAGAGCUAUUCCGAAGCGUUGAACACUGAUCUGCCUGAAUCCGUCUUGACAAUCCGAUACUAUGGCGGCUGGGCUGAUAAGACGUAUGGCCAGACCAUAAGCACUACGCCUCAGAAGUUCGCAUACACUCUCCGUCAGCCGAUAGGCGUUGUUGCGCAGAUCAUACCUUGGAACUAUCCUCUGUCCAUGGCCACUUGGAAGCUUGGCCCUGCUCUGGCAUGUGGUAAUACCGUGGUGCUCAAGUCUGCUGAGCAGACUCCGCUGAGUAUCUUGAUUCUUGGUAAGCUGGUGAAGGAGGCUGGCUUCCCUCCCGGUGUCAUCAACUUCAUCAAUGGAUACGGUGCCGAAGCAGGCCCAAGUCUGGUCGGUCAUCCACUCGUGGACAAGGUCGCCUUCACUGGAUCGACUGCCACCGCAAGACAAAUCAUGAAGACGGCUUCGGCGACACUCAAAAACAUAACCUUAGAGACUGGAGGCAAGUCUCCUCUUGUUGUCUUUGCCGACGCAGACCUCGAGCAAGCCGUCAAGUGGAGCCACAUGGGCAUCAUGUCGAACCAAGGCCAGAUUUGUACCGCCACAUCACGAAUUCUCGUACAAGAUGAGAUCUACGACAAAUUCAUCGAGCAGUAUGUGGCGACUGUAAAGGAAGUAAGUGUUGUUGGUGACCAGUGGUCUGAGUCGACAUACCAAGGGCCCCAAGUCACCAAGCAGCAGUACGACCGCAUAUUGGAAUUCAUCGAAGCUGGAAAGUCUGAAGGCGCUAAGGUAGCCAUUGGUGGAGAGCCUCACAAGCAUGGCGAUGGCAAGGGUUUCUUCAUUGCUCCGACUGUCUUCACAGAUGUUCAGGACUCGAUGAAGAUCUACCGGGAAGAGAUCUUCGGACCUGUCGUUGUCAUCUCGCGAUUCAAAGACGAAGAGGAAGCAAUCCGCCGCGCCAACGACACUACUUACGGUCUCGGCUCCUCUGUGUUCACCCAAGAUCUUGUUCGGGCGCACAGAGUGGCAGCAGAGAUUGAAGCUGGCAUGGUAUGGAUCAACAGCAGCCAAGACUGUGAUCCUCGGAUUCCAUUUGGAGGCGUCAAGCAGAGUGGCAUUGGCAGAGAGCUCGGCGAGGCUGGUCUUGAAGCAUACUCGCAAGUGAAAGCUGUGCAUGUCAACAUGGGCACGAGGCUGUAG